GGAAAUAACGCCAUGCCGUGUUGGCCUGGCAAGACGAAUUUGGCAUAUCAGUGUUUGUAUAAAAUAAUACGAAUAUUAAGAUAAUUCAGUUUUGCAUUAAUUGUGUGAAUUAAGAAGGCAAGAUGGUGUUAGCAGACUUGGGACGUAAAAUUACGUCCGCCCUGCGGUCGCUCAGCAAUGCCACCGUCAUUAAUGAAGAGGUGCUGAAUUCUAUGCUAAAAGAAAUAUGUGCAGCGUUACUUGAAGCUGAUGUCAACAUUAGAUUAGUGAAGAAAUUGCGUGAGAAUGUCCGUGCGGUCAUUGACUUCGAUGACAUGGCCGGCGGUCUCAAUAAGCGGCGGAUGAUCCAAAGUGCUGUCUUUAAAGAGCUCGUUAAACUGGUGGAUCCUGGCGUGAAAGCUUAUCAGCCAGUAAAAGGACGGCCUAAUGUGAUAAUGUUCGUAGGUUUACAGGGUUCGGGUAAAACGACGACGUGUACAAAACUUGCCUACCAUUAUCUAAAAAAAAAUUGGAAAUCCUGCUUAGUUUGCGCCGACACUUUCCGUGCUGGUGCCUAUGAUCAAAUCAAACAGAAUGCAACAAAAGCUAGGAUACCAUUUUAUGGAAGUUAUACAGAGAUAGAUCCUGCAGUCAUAGCGGCAGAUGGUGUGGAGAUGUUCAAAAAGGAGGGAUAUGAAAUAAUUAUAGUGGAUACAAGCGGUAGGCACAAGCAAGAGGAGUCGUUAUUCGAAGAGAUGUUGCAAGUGUCAAAUGCAGUGAAACCAGACAAUAUAAUAUUCGUGAUGGAUGCAACAAUAGGUCAGGCUUGUGAGAGUCAAGCAAAGGCUUUCAAGGACCGUGUGAACGUUGGUUCUGUUAUUAUUACUAAAUUGGAUGGCCAUGCCAAAGGUGGUGGUGCACUUUCGGCUGUUGCUGCUACACAAAGUCCUGUCAUAUUUGUGGGUACUGGUGAGCACAUAGAUGACCUCGAGCCUUUUAAAACAAAACCAUUCAUUAGCAAGCUAUUGGGAAUGGGAGAUAUUGAAGGGUUGAUUGAUAAAGUUAAUGAGCUCAAUUUGGAUGAUAACGAAGAACUACUUGAAAAAAUAAAACACGGCCAGUUCACUAUGAGGGAUAUGUACGAACAGUUCCAAAACAUCAUGAAAAUGGGGCCCUUCUCUCAAAUCAUGGGAAUGAUUCCCGGCUUUAGCCAAGACUUCAUGUCGAAAGGCACGGAACAAGAAUCUAUGGCUAGAUUGAAGCGCCUUAUGACAAUCAUGGAUAGUAUGAAUGACGGUGAGCUAGACAACAGAGACGGGGCCAAGUUAUUUAGCAAACAGCCAGGAAGAGUUGUGAGGGUAGCCCAAGGAUCAGGUGUAACUGAAAAGGAAGUAAAAGAUUUAAUAGGACAGUACACGAAGUUUGCCGCAGUGGUAAAGAAAAUGGGUGGUAUAAAAGGUCUGUUCAAGGGCGGUGACAUGACCAAGAACGUGAAUCCUACCCAAAUGGCAAAGCUCAAUCAACAAAUGGCAAAAAUGAUGGAUCCACGAGUUUUACAACAAAUGGGUGGAAUGUCAGGAUUGCAAAACAUGAUGAGACAACUUCAGCAAGGUGCCGCUGGCGGACUAGGCAACUUGAUGGGUGGUUUCGGAGGUAAAUCCUGAGACGAAGAAUUGGGCGACAGUAAUGAGUCGCGCGAUUAUCGCUCCCACCCACAGCAGACUAGGAGACAUCAACGAAAUUAAGUAUCACUUUUUAUUAUUGCAGAGAACUCUGUCUCUGUUCCCUCCCUCACCUUAUUUGUCAGAAUUUGAAAUUUUAAAAAAUAUAUUUACAGUUUUAUUUUCUCGUAAGUUGUUCAGAGAAUCAUUAUUUUUUUACUAUAUUUAUAGUACUGGGCUUCUGUCCAAAAGUUGAACAUUUAAUUCAGUUUUCACGGCUUAAGCACCGAGGAAUCAGAAACGCUAGAGUUCUGUUCAUUUUUGUAUCUUUUGGAGAAAACAGUCAUUUGUUUUACGCAUAUUCCAGCAUAUUUAUUACUUUUAUAAUCAAGUCCAUAUUCGACGGGUGCACUAGUGCUUUCUCCGUACUCCUCGACCACGCUAAAAAGCAGAUUUGUAACAAACAAGUAUGAACUCGAAAUACCAAGUCAAAUUUCCUACUGAAAACUUCCAAGUUUUCAUACAAAAAUAAAUAAGCUUCAUGUGCUACAACUGCCGUACAUUCAGAACCAGGAUUGAUUCUGUAACGGAAGAUUCAUUUUUUACCGUAACUACUGCAUACGAAAUUUGAGAUUUGUAUGUGGAAAUAAGGUAGGUGAGAGUAGAGAAGAUUAUAAUAACGAUUACGAGAUUUAUUAACAUGGUAGAUACGGUAUGCAUUCGACCUUGUACUAUGAAAAUACGAUGUUUUUGUAAAUAAAUUAUUGUAUAACAUUA